AUGGCUUCAUUACAGGUUUCAAGAUUAGUUCUUUCGUCAUCUUCAUGCAUGAGACCUAAAGCCGCGGUCUCCAUUCCAAAACUGCCGAAAUUUAACGUCUCUGUUCCGAAAAUACCAACAAAGAAGCAGACUUUAUCGGUUAAAGAACCAAGCUUUGAGCUAAACGGGUUCAAAGAAAGCCUUCCUCUUUCCUUGAAACAGAGGAGAGACUCUGAUUCUAUCCAAAGGGCACGCCUCAAUGCGGUUCUUGAAGCAGUCAUGGAUAGGAUUGAGAUGCACAAGAACAUCGGUGAUCAGCGGAACAAUUGGAACUCUUUGUUGCUCAACUCCGUCAACAUGAUCACCCUCACCGCCGCUUUGAUGGCUGGACUAGCUUCUGUUAACGGUCACGGAGGAGAUUCUGUAACGGCCGUGAAGAUAGCUUCGACUGUGUUGUUAACUUCUGCAACAAGUAUCGGUGCCUUGAUGAGCAAGAUUCAACCUUCGCAGCUCGCUGAAGAACAGAGGAACGCGACGAGGCUGUUCAAGAAGCUGAGAACGGAACUCGAAAUGUUUCUGAGAGAAAACGAGGCAAUCUACGAAGAAGAUGUGAAGGAAGCGAUACAGAGAGUGUUGGCUCUAGACAAAGCCUACCCUCUUCCUCUAAUCGGCACAAUGCUCGAGAAGUUUCCUGAAGAGUUUAAACCGGCGACUUGGUGGCCUGAAAACAAACAGAGAAACCCUAAGACCGGUCUUGCGAACGGGUGGAGUCAAGAGCUGGAGAUGGAGAUGAGAGAAGUAGCUCAUGUGGUUAAGACCAGAGACGCAGAAGAGUAUGAUAAAUUAGGUAACGUGGCGUUGAAGCUAAACCGGUUCUUGGCUAUCUCUGGACCAGUUUUAACCGGAAUUUCUGCAGUGAGCUCUGUUUUUAUCGGUCAAGAUUCCGGUUUAGCUGGAGUUGUGGCUAUCACUUGUGCUUCUUUGGCUGCGGUUGUCAACACUUUGGAGCAUGGUGGUCAAGUGGGAAUGGUGUUUGAGAUGUAUAGAAACUCUGCGGGAUUCUUCUCUCUGUUAGAAGAAACGUUGAACUCGACAGAGAAGAGAGAGCAUGGACAAGUGUUUGAGACAAAAGUUGCGUUGAAGCUAGGGAGAAGCUUGUCUGAACUGAGAGAUCUCGCAAAGAAAUCUAAAAUCUGUCAGGUUAAGGCUAAUGAAUUCGCAAGCAAACUUUUCUAG